AUGAAAGAUGUAUAUGAAGUUUUAUAUCUCAAUACAAGAAAGUUAACCAGAAGAGCUCAAGAUCAAACAAUUCUCUAUUUCAAGGUAUCACUAGAAGAAACAAUGGAAAAGGUUACUAGUAUGAAUCAAGACCCUCAAACCUUAACUUCAACCAAUAUAGUGAAUUGGGUAGAUAUUGAAAGAUGGGAAGAGGUCAUCAUUAGAGACAAUGUUAUAGAAGAAGUUAAGAUACAUUUCAAUGAUCCCCACAAUGAAGAAGAAGAUGUUUUAGCCAAAGAAGCUCUGAAACUUCUAGCAAUAGAAUGGAAAGAGCUGACCUUAUACAAGAUUAUCACAGAAAUUAGAUGGCAAGAAAAAAUGCUAGAUGACCCAAUAAGACAGUUUGUCAAAAAA